AUGUAUUGUUUUAACGUUUAAUUGCAAUGAAUUAAUGCAUUGUUUUUCAAAGCAUUUAAAUAUUUUGAAUUGAAAUUACUUUUGGUUUUAAUUAUUAUAUUUUUGCGUUUUGUUGUCAAAUAUAUUGAAUUGAAUUGCGAGACAAUGUCUUCGGCCAAUCAAUUGGAUCCACAAUUGAUGCAAAUGAUUGAACACAAGCGAAGGCUUGCCAUUGAAAAGCGUAACAAAAGGCAAGCGAUUGAAUCAAAUGCAACCAAUGCUGCGCCCAAUAAGACACAGCCGACCAUCACUUCCAACCCAUCCGCAAGUCUUAUGACUAAUAUUAAGCCCAAAGUUAUGCCACAAAAUACAACGGAUCCCAAAAGUAGUGUCAAAACUAACGGCUCUUGUAGUGGAGGAAUGGGUAGGAAAACAGAAGUGAAGGCAACCAUCCGUUUGAUGUCGAGUAAGAGAUUUGAGCUGAAUAUUGGUUACAACGCGGAUGUGAUUAAUGUCUUGAGAGGAAUACCAUCACGUGAUUGGAAUCCAAGUUCAAAGAUGUGGAGAUUUGAUAUGAAGGACUACAAGAGAAUUCUCACUGAUUUGCAAACUAUAAGUUCGGUUGACAUUAAAUUUGUUGAUUCAGUUCCCGAUCGAGUGAUCAAUGCAUUGAUUGAAGCCAUAAAUCGGCCAAAAGAGGACAUCGAUCUUAAAGAAAGACUUAGUCCUCAGUUGAUAUCAGAAUUGUUUGGAUUUCAAGUGGAGGGCAUUGUCUUUGGCAUAAGAACUGGUGGUCGUUGUCUUAUAGCCGAUGACAUGGGUUUGGGAAAGACAUUGCAAGCCAUUAGUAUUGCCCAAUGGUUUCGAGACGACUGGCCUUUGCUUAUAGUGUGUCCGUCGUCUCUGAGAUACCAAUGGAGAGAUCAGAUCAACAAAUGGUUGCCAACCGUUAAAGAAGAUGAUAUCUAUGUUGUGACCAAAGAGAUGGAAAAUCUACCAAAAGUGUUGAUUACGAUUAUAAGCUAUGAUCUGAUGGCAAGAAUUAAGCCUCACAUUAAUAUGGAUUGCAAACAAACGUAUAAUUUUGUGAUUCUCGACGAAAGUCAUUACAUUAAGAACGAUACGGCCGUCAGAACAGAUGCGGUCAGUCUAAUGGCCAAAGCGUCCAAAAGAGUUAUAUUAUUGACGGGAACGCCAGCCCUAUCGCGACCGAUGGAACUGUUCACUCAAAUCAAGAUAUUGAAUGGCAAACUGUUUGCAAAUAAGCACGAGUUUGGGAUGCGUUACUGUAACGGACACCUCAAACACUUCUGGAUGAGAGGCGCCAGAAAUGCGGGCAAACAGAAACAGAUCUGGGAUUAUAACGGCGCUAAGAAUCUCGACGAACUCAAGAUCCUUCUCGAGUCAACGAUUCUUCUCCGAAGACUUAAGUCACAAGUUUUGUCACAAUUGCCGCCAAAGAAACGAGAAAUGAUUAUGUUAAACUUGAAUCACAUGAGCGAUAAGGAAAAGGCAAAACUGAAGAACUAUUCAAAUGUGGUGAAGAAGUUGUCGUUUAGACUCGAUGAGAACACAUCACACUUUGAUUGGUAUAUGGAUAGCGCUAUGGCUAAAGUGGAUCCGGUGUGCAAAUAUAUGGCACAGUUGUUGAACCAAAACGUGAAAUUCUUAUGUUUCUGUCAUCACAAACAAAUGAUGGAUUCAAUACAGCAAGUGUUGGCUGAUAUGCGUGUGAAUCACAUUCGUAUCGAUGGCACGACAUCUGCAACUGACAGACAGGAGGCGUGCAAUGAGUUCCAAAGAGUGAGUGACUGCAGAGUAGCGUUGCUAAGCAUAACCGCGUGCGCCACUGGACUCAAUCUUAUCGCCGCUUCGGUUGUCGUAUUUGCCGAACUUUUCUGGAAUCCGGGAAUACUUUCACAGGCCGAAGAUAGAGUCCAUAGAAUCGGUCAGAAAAAUGACGUAAAAAUUUAUUAUUUAGUGGCAAAAGACACAAUCGAUGACAUGAUAUGGCCUAUGAUUAGUAAGAAGUUGGAAGUACUGAACAAAGCGGGUCUCAGUAAAGACAAUUUUGAGGACACG